GUUUACUUUGCGUCACGCACCAAAUAUUGAGCAAAUAAUUUGUAUUAUCUAUAUCAUGCUUGAUCCAACGGUCAACAUUACAUCGUGUUAUCGUCAAAAUAAAGUGUCUCUUUAUUACUUUAAAAAUACCGAGUUCUAUUAAUCCGUCUCUGUAUUAAAUUUUAGUCGCCUCCCAUCAUCAGUUCGUUCUUCCCCAAUUGUAAUAAAUGAAAAGGGGGAAUAAAUAAAUAGUAUUAAAAAAAAAACGAAAUUUCGUUUUCCAACCUCAUAAUCUGUCCACCGAUUCAUAGGGCUUUUGUUCUCUACUCCCUCAAUUUUCAACCCUUUUUCUCCUCUCUCGAUUUGACCGCAUGAGCUGUUCUAGGGUUUUAGUCGAGAGCCCAUCUAGGGUUUUGGCUUAGCCUGCUGCUUUACUCGUUGAUCAGCGAAUUGAAGAGGAGAAUAAUAUGAUUUCAGAGAAACCAGCUUGGAUUCGGCAUGAGGGGCUUCAGAUCUUCUCGAUUGACAUUCAGGCUGGUGGUGCUAGGUUUGCAACUGGAGGAGGAGAUCAUAAGGUGCGAAUAUGGAACAUGAAAUCGGUUGGAAGAGACUUGGAUAAUGAUGAAUCUAAUCAAAGAUUGCUGGCAACCCUUCGUGAUCACUUCGGAUCAGUCAAUUGUGUUCGGUGGGCCAAACACGGUCGGUUCCUUGCUUCUGGUUCUGAUGAUCAGGUGAUUUUGAUUCACGAGAGAAAACCAGGCUCAGGUACGACUGAAUUUGGUAGCGGUGAGCCUGCGGAUGUGGAGAAUUGGAAGGUCAUUAUGACAUUAAGGGGGCACACUGCUGACGUGGUGGAUCUCAAUUGGUCGCCAGAUGACUUAACAUUGGCUAGCGGCAGCUUGGACAACACCGUUCAUAUAUGGAAUAUGACCAAUGGAAUUUGCACUGCUGUAUUAAGAGGCCACACUAGUUUGGUUAAAGGGGUUGCAUGGGAUCCCAUCGGCUCCUUUAUAGCAAGCCAAUCAGACGACAAGAGCGUCAUCAUCUGGCGCACCAGCGAUUGGAGUCUUGCUCAUAGGACUGAUGGACACUGGACGAAAUCUCUAGGUUCAACAUUUUUUAGACGGCUGGGGUGGUCUCCUUGUGGCCAUUUUAUCACUACUACUCAUGGCUUUCAGAAACCGAGACACUCAGCUCCUGUGUUAGAAAGAGGUGAAUGGUCAGCCACAUUUGACUUUUUAGGUCACAGUGCACCCAUCAUAGUGGUGAAGUUCAACCAUUCAAUGUUUCGGAAGUAUUUUGCCAAUGGCCAGGAGGCAAAAGUUUCUUCUACUGGAUUGACUAAUGGUUCCUCCAAAGCUGCAUCGAAGGAACUACAACCGUAUAAUGUUAUAGCUAUUGGAAGUCAGGAUCGUACUAUAACUGUAUGGACAACAGCAAGUGCUCGUCCUCUCUUUGUUGCCAAACACUUCUUCUCUCAAAGUGUUGUUGAUUUAUCAUGGAGUCCUGAUGGAUAUGCACUUUUUGCUUGCUCCUUGGAUGGGACUGUGGCCACUUUCCACUUUGAAGUGAAGGAGCUCGGUCACAGAUUAACUGAUGCUGAGCUGGAUGAGUUGAAGAGAAAUCGAUAUGGUGAUUCCCGAGGAAGGCAAGCAACCUUAGCAGAGAGUCCUGCGCAACUCUUACUAGAAGCAGUCGCUGCUAAGAAUUCAGCCAAGAAAGCAUCUUCUUGUCUGCAGCAGAGUCAGGUUUCUGAAAAACCAUCUGCAGAUUUGGCAACUGCAACUGUUACUCAGCCGGUAGCAAAAGCUCCUGAAACGAUACCUGAAGAUAUGAAGAAAAAUGAAGGGUCUAAUAAUGAUGGUUUGAAUAAAGCUGCAUCUGCUCGGCUAUCUAGUCCUGUAAAGCAAAGAGAAUACAGGCGUCCUGAUGGUAGGAAGCGAAUAAUUCCAGAAGCACUUGGAGGUCCUGCACAUCAAGAAAAUAUUUCAGGUCCCACCCAAGCUCGAGGAACUGAUUUUUCUUCCUUAGCCAUUGAUCAGCAAAGAGAUGGCCAUGGAGCAACUGUUGCUGACAGUGGAAUCUCUUCUCUUAAACGGCCAUAUAGUAAUAGGGAGCGUUCUGGAGUUACUGCAAGGGCCAACAUUAAUGAAAGCCUUGUUAUUGAGAAAGCGCCAGCAUCGGCUGCGACAGAGGGAAGAAUGAGUAUAGAGCAUUCAGGGCCUAUAGGCAUAUCUGGCCCUUUAAGUUCUUGCAAUGCUCUUUCUAUUCGCGUAUUUAAUAAAAAAGAUAAUGAUGACGUACCGAUAUGCUUGGAAGCUAAGCCUGUUGAACGCUCUGCAAAUGAUUUAAUCGGUGUUGGAAAUGCAUUUUUGACUAAGGAAACUGAAAUUACUUGCACGAAGGGAAGCGAAAAACUUUGGUCAGAUCGGAUUGCUGGAAAAGUUACUGUUUUGGCUGGGAAUGUCAAUUUCUGGGCUGUUGGCUGUGAAGAUGGAUGCCUACAGGUAUACACAAAAUGUGGAAGGCGAGCCAUGCCGGCAAUGAUGAUGGGAUCUGCUGCAGUAUUUAUAGACUGUGAUGACUGUUGGAAGUUGCUCCUGGUCACAAGAAGAGGACUCUUAUACGUUUGGGAUCUCUUUAACAGGAACUGUCUUCUGCAUGAUUCAUUAUCUUCUCUGGUGACUUCAAGGGAGGAUUCAUCUGUAAAAGAUGCAGGUACUAUCAGAGUUAUAUCUGCAAGGUUUUCAAGAUCAGGCUCACCUUUGGUUGUUCUUGCUACACGUCAUGCAUUUCUUUUUGACAUGAACUUGAUGUGCUGGUUGAGGGUAGCUGAUGAUUGCUUCCCUGCCUCAAAUUUUGCAAGCUCUUUCAGUUUGAGUUCAGUCCAUAGCGGUGAACUGGGAAAUUUGCAGGUUGAUAUUGGGAAAUAUAUAGCCAGAAAGCCAAGUUGGAGCAGGGUAACAGAUGAUGGGGUUCAGACUCGUGGUCAUUUAGAGACUCAGCUGGCUUCAACAUUGGCUUUGAAGUCACCUAAUGAAUAUCGCCAAUGCCUUCUUUCUUAUAUCCGGUUUCUGGCGAGGGAGGCAGAUGAAUCACGCCUGCGAGAAGUUUGUGAGAGCUUCCUUGGCCCCCCUACAGGAAUGGCUGAAGCUGAAUCCGCUGAUGCAAUGAACCCUGCAUGGGAUCCGUGUGUACUUGGAAUGAAGAAGCAUAAGCUCUUAAGGGAAGACAUUCUUCCAGCCAUGGCAUCUAAUCGAAAAGUCCAAAGAUUGCUAAAUGAGUUCAUGGACUUGCUUUCUGAAUACGAAACUGCUGAUGCAAGUGGAGAUCAAAUGGAUACUUCACCUACCAUAAAGGAGACUGUUUCAUGAGGAAACUAGCUCUCCCCAUCUCAAAAAAAGUAAAAUGUAUUUUUAACAUACGGGGUACAAAAAAGGGUAGUCCUCAAUGAUUUGAAAUUUUGUGGAUAAACCGUCCAUGAUAAAGUUUUAUGGUCUCCCAUACCUCAUUCGGUCUUCAAUGUAACAGCAGUCAAGGUUUCUAUAAGAAGGAUAGGUUUACGUUUGUAAGACAAAAAUCUACAGAAAUAUCCUCACUCAGCUAAAAAUGUAACUUUGAAGUGUUUUCCCUUUUCUUUUUUCUUAGAGCGUUAUCUGGAGCUAGUAUUCUUGACUAUGUUACUGCAAUUGAGGGAUAACCAGAACAAGGAAGUUUAGUCUUCUCCAAUUUACAUUGAGCUUCCUGUACUUCAAUUUGUUUGAUUGUGUAAUAUUUUCUUCUAAUUGAGGUUUUUCAUA